AUGUCUUCGAGCCAAGAUGAGACUUCGUGGGGCGAUCGGCCUGGCCCCGACGACUCCAACUACAAGGAAAGGGAAGAAGAAAUCAUCAACUUGAUUAAGAUGAGCAUUGAGGCGCUGUCGCAUAUGGAAUUGAGCCCGAAGCCGGACAUGGAAAACAUGGCCAAGUGGUUCGCCCACGAGGCCGUCACCAACUCCACGAGCUUGGACGGUGAAGUCCAAGCCCUAGCCUAUAAACAGUUGAGCGACUGCUGUGGAGCCCGUAACGAGUGGGUAGAGGCUCUCGUGGCGUUGGAGGUGGCCAGAGCUGUGGACGAGGACGGCUGGACAAAUCAUGAUCACCAUUUAUACCAAGUAUAUACCAAGUUUGUGGCGAUUUACAAAGAUUGUGUCUCAGGCGCUGAUCUAGGGCAGUGGGAGAAACACGCUAAGCGGACGAUUUCGGUUCUCGACAACAAAUAA